AUUUGGCUCCGCUUCUCAUUUCUGCUUCAAGAAAAGAGAGAUGGGUGUAUUUAAUACAGGCUCAACUGCAGCGGAUGAAGGAGAAGAGGCAGCCGCUCCUCAGCAGCAAAAGGACCUUGAUGCCGGUGCUCUCUUCGUUCUUAAAUCCAAAGGAUCGUGGGUGCACUGUGGGUACCACUUGACAACUUCAAUUGUUGCUCCACCUCUCUUGAGUCUCCCAUAUGCAUUUACAUUCUUGGGAUGGGCAGCUGGAAUCCUCUGUCUAGUGGUGGGGGCUCUCGUCACUUUCUAUUCUUACAAUUUGAUCUCCCUGGUUCUUGAACACAAUGCCAACAUGGGCCGCAGACACCUCCGCUUCCGCGACAUGGCUCAUGACAUUUUAGGGCCAAGAUGGGGUCAAUAUUAUGUGGGGCCAAUUCAAUUCUUGGUCUGUUAUGGUGCCGUUGUUGCCUCUACUCUGCUAGGAGGACAAUGCCUGAAGACAAUUUAUUUGCUGUCACAACCAGAUGGGAGUAUGAAACUUUUCGAAUUUGUGAUCAUAUUUGGAGGCCUAAUGCUGAUUUUAGCUCAACUCCCAUCUUUUCACUCACUCAGGCACAUCAACAUGGUUUCCCUGGUCCUUUGCCUCGCCUACAGUGCUUGUGCCACAGGCGGUUCCAUUUAUAUCGGAAAUUCAUCCAAGGGGCCAAAGAAAGACUACUCCGUGAAUGGUGACGCUGAAGAUCGCCUUUUUGGGAUCUUCAACGCCAUUGCUAUCAUUGCCACAACAUUUGGGAAUGGUAUCAUCCCUGAAAUUCAGGCAACGCUGGCACCACCAGUGAAGGGGAAGAUGUUCAAGGGACUGUGCAUUUGUUAUACAGUGGUUACAGUGACUUUCUUUAGUGUCGCCAUUUCUGGCUACUGGGCAUUCGGCAACCAAUCCGACAGUCUCAUCUUGAGCAACUUCUUGGACAAUGGCAAAGCCUUGGUGCCAAAAUGGUUUAUUUUGAUGAGUAACAUGUUCACAAUCAUCCAACUUUCAGCAGUUGGGGUGGUUUACCUGCAGCCCACAAAUGAAGUGCUUGAAAAAACGUUUGGAGACCCAACAAGCGAUGAGUUCUCUGCCCGCAAUGUCAUCCCAAGGGUCAUAGCUCGAUCACUAUCCGUUGUUUCAGCAACAACUAUUGCAGCAAUGCUUCCAUUCUUUGGAGACAUCAAUUCAGUGAUUGGAGCUUUUGGUUUCAUGCCCCUCGACUUUGUCCUCCCUGUGGUUUUCUUCAACUUGACAUUUAAGCCUUCAAAACGAAGUCUCCUUUUCUGGGUAAAUGUUACUAUCGCUGUGGUUUUCUCAGCAUUGGGGGUUAUAGCAGCUGUUGCAGCAGUUCGGCAAAUAAGUCUUGAUGCAAAAAAUUAUCGGUUAUUUGCUAAUUUAUGAUUAGAGAGAGAGAGAGAGAGAGAGAGAGAGAUUGUUAUGAUUGUUUUACAUUCUGAUUUGGUCUGUCUUAAGUUGAUAAUAUACACUAUAAUACCUGUGAAGCUUGUCAUCUGCUCAUGGAAGAGGGUUAUCAUAUAUUGCAGAAAUAAAACAGGGUGUAGGGCAGAAAUAGCCAAGGAAAUGAGGUUCUAGUGCAAAAA